GCGCUCUUCGUACAAAUCUUGUUGUAUAUACGCUUUUUGGCUCUCGAGCGGAGACGUCGUCGUCGUUGUUGGCUGCCCUUUCCCAAUUCCGUUUGGCACGAGGCGCGCAAAACUCUCGGAUCGCAUCGGAUCAAAACGGAAAUAUAUACGCGAGUAUCGGCGGGGCUAUAUAGCCAAAAUAUCCGUAUAUAUCUGAAUAUUAUCGGGUGUGAGCGGCCUCAAAUUGGCAUAAACAAAUUGGCGUAAACAGAAAUUGCAUUGGGUUUGAAGAUUUUUGCAACGGGGCGGAAGUUCAUAGAUAUCUCAUCUGAAAAAUUCAUGAAUAUAUUUCGAAACUGGAGAGUUGGCACAUCCAACAAAUUUAUAAACUGUGUUCUCCAGCAAAAUCACUGCCUUUCACGACAGGGAGAGCCUAGAGCCCCGUCCUGGUAACAAAUACCGCCAGCGACGCAUCAACGCCCAUCUGGAGGAGCAUCUGGUCAAGGAAAAGCGUGUCACCAAAUUCCCGCUGGUGGGAGCCCUGGUCCACAAGGCACUGCGGCGUCGGGAGGGUGCACAGGACAAGGACAAGGAGGAGGAGAUCACUGAACCGCAGGGCAACCAGCAACCCAACAACAACGAGGAGUGGGAGCCGAACAGAAUGGUGCUACCGUUCGGACUUGGACCCGAUGGCCAUCAUGUGGACGCCAUCCAGAGUGCUCCGGCGCCCAGUGCCCCGCCCGCUCACAUGAUGCCACCACCCUACUCCCGGGGUCAAACAAACAUAUACACUGGUGUUCCGAUCAUCGUGAAUCCCUACAUAGACUUCAUCGUGGUCAAUGGGGAUGAUCGUUACAUGAUCAGAUGCGAACGGAAAUCGGUGCUCGAGCGGAGCGUGGAGCUGGCCAAGCUGAUCCACGCCGGUCCGAACAGCGGUCGAAAGAGCGACAACCACUUCCAGAUACUCAACGUGGACAAGAACGACUUCGAGCUGAUCGUCCGCUACAUGGAGAAGCACUUCAUUCCCUAUCGCGACCACAAGCACCUGCUCAAGAUACUCGAGCUAUCCGAUCGAUUCAACGUUCCAGAUCUGAUAAUCUACUGCAUUCGCGAACUUGAUCUCAGAAUCUCGAGCGCCACCGCACUGGACAUCUUCAAGGCGCUGUGGUUCUACCAGGGCAUCGCACUGACCAACCAGCACCAGACAGUGAUCACCACCCAGGAGACGGGCCAGCAGCUGGCCAGGAAGAAGGCGACCAAGGCGAAGGCGGCGGCCAAGCAGUUGGCGGCAGCCAAGGCCGCUCAGUCCACCGAAAACGGAGCGGAGGGCGAUGGAGCCCAGCUGAACCUCAUUCCGAACCCGAAUCCCUUUACCACCGAAGAUUACGGCGUGGCGCUGCUGCACAACACACUCCAGCUGAUCGAUAUGCACGCGGAGCUGCAGCUCUCGAUGCCGGAGAUCAGUGAGCUCAGGUUCGAGGAGCUGGAGACGCUGGUCAAGAGGGACACCUUGCAGCUGAGAUCGGAGGUCACACUGUUCGAGUGCCUGGCCACGUGGAGUCUGGCGGAGUGCGCCCGCAAGCAGAUCGACGCCACGCCGGAGAACCGUCGCACUGUCCUGGGUCCCCUGUGCCUCACUCCACGCUACUUGCGAAUGACCGCCAGCGAAUUCCGGCGAUGCUGCGAACGCCUGGAGCUACUGCCACCCACUGAGAUAUCGCUCAUCACCGACGCCCUCGAGGGCAAAAAGCUAAAGAACCUCACCGAUCAGCAGGCGGAGCUGCUGGAGAAGUUCCGCCAGCCGCGUGCCGAGUACGCCCGGAUGCCCGUGCACCUGAGCGACCGGAGCAGUCCGAAGAACUAUCCCAAGAAGAUGCGGCUGGCCCACGAGGGCCGACCCACGGAGGAGGGAUGCUGGGAGAAGGUGGGCAUGAACUGUCUGCGCAUCUUCGUCUGCAUAUUCGACUGAUCCGAGCAGUCCGAUGAGGAGGAGGAGGAGGAGGUGGACGAGGAGGAGGACGAGGAUGGGGCGGAGGACGAGGAUGAUGGGAAUGCGUCCGAUGCGGGCAAUGGAAAUGGAGGGGGCAGAAAUCGACACAGAUACGACGGAGGAUGAGAUGACGAUCCCACAUAGACUUGUUGCAUUAAACGAAUAUUAGCGCUUAUGAAUUACUUAUACAUAGAGUUAACGAUUACGUUAGUCUUAUGGGGAUAGUGGCCAAUUACUGUGGCAGUGAUUUUAUAGCAGCCGUUUCUAACAAUACUAUAUAAUGUUAUUUAUAUACACGCAGAUAUAUGCGGUGUGUGUAGGUUGAACUAACUGUCGCCUGCAAAUCGAUUGGGUUUUUGUAUUUAAUCGCUAGUCAAAUGGAAACAAUGGUAAUACCAAAACUUUUAUACAACUUUAUGCAACGUUUUGUAGCUGGACUCAAAAUACAAGCCUAACAUAACAAAUUGAAA